GUUGUUUUUGCUGGGACGUAAACAAAAGUUGAACGAAUAUUUAUGAAAGAUCCCAAGAUCAGAUCACUUGGACAAAUGCUUAAAUAAUAAAGGAGCUAAUGCAGAACGGGAAAUCGGAAGAUAUGGCCAGGAAAAGGACCAGGAAACGGAGCAAGCAGCGCAAAAGAAGAAGGAGAAGCAAUGGGAAGCCCAGGCCCCACAACACUCAAGAUCGGGAUCCGUGGACUAAUGUAGCUCAAAUAUACCAAAGUCUAUUUGAAUGGCACCACAAUCAUGUUAUGAGCCUCUGCUCUAAGGAAGAUCCGAAUCCGGAUCAGGACCACGAGGAUGUUCCCGAGGAAACUGGAUCGUCGUCAUGUCUUGACUAUGUCUAUGAAAGUUCCUCGGAGGAAGAGGAAAUCGAACCCGUUGACGAGGAGUAUCUCAAGUUCCUGGAAGUGACCAUCAAGCAUCAGCAGGAACUGAGGGACCGAAGAGCUGCCCAAACCACCGACUCUUUAGAUAAGGAGUAGAGUAACCUCUGUGCUCAGAUCGAUGAUGACCGUCAGUCGAUCCUCUAUCUGCCUCAGAAAUCAGACAAAACCUCCAAUAUAUACAAAUACUUAGAACUUUUGAGUGGAGGAAUUUGGCGAUACAGAAAUUUGACUUUUUAUUACACUUUUUCUAAAUGUUUAAUGGCUAAUAUUGACUAAGUAAUCGUAUGGUAUCAUAAGCUAAAAGAUUCAGUUAGUAUUUAAUUUUUGUAUAUAUGGAAAUGGUUUUUACCCCACAAGCUGCACAAUAAAUGAACCACUCUUUGAGGAUGUAUUCUUUAUAAUGUAAAA